UUAUAUGCGAAUGUAGGUGGUGCUCGCUAUUGGUCACACUUUCGCCGUGUCUCGCGUUUUCUGUGUCUCUUAGUUUCAUAAAGUCAACCAAAAUAUCUGAUAAGCUGUAUAGUUAGCCUCAAAUUAUAGUCAAGACUUCCAAUUAUAAUUAACUAAAUAAUUCAUCAACAAAAUGGCACUAAAUCCACAAUACGAAGAUAUUGGUAAAGGCUUCGUUCAGCAAUAUUAUGGCAUAUUUGACGACCCGGCGAACCGCGCCAAUGUGGUAAACUUUUACAGCGCAACGGAGUCCUUUAUGACUUUCGAAGGACACCAAAUCCAAGGAGCGCCAAAAAUACUUGAGAAAGUCCAGAGCCUCACUUUCCAAAAGAUCACUCGAGUAAUUACAACGGUAGACUCGCAGCCCACAUUUGAUGGUGGUGUUUUGAUAAAUGUCCUCGGACGACUACAGACCGAUGAGGAUCAGCCGCAUGCGUAUAUUCAGACCUUUGUACUGAAACCUGUGGGCGUUAGCUUCUUUGUGCAGCACGACAUCUUUAGGCUUGCGCUGCACAAUGUGUAGCCAAUCGCAAUCAGCUCGGCCGAAUGCAACAGCUACAGCAAACAACAACAGCAACAACAACAAUCAAAAUCACACUCAGAGAGCGAUCCUGGCCAGGCAAAUGCGACGACGAUCCUCCACACGCUUUCUCUCAGGUGUUUGUGUUGAAAGCCAAUGCCGGUACCUAUUUCGUUGCUCAUGAUAUUUUCCGCCUUAACAUACACAAUUCUGCCUAAGACAACGCAACACAACAUCAACAUCAACAUCAACAACAACAACAACAACAACAACAACAA